GAGGGUCAGGGUGCUCGUAGCGGAGUCUACGCCCAUCCUGGACAGGGUGGCAUGAUGAGCUUUGGCGACAUGGGAGCCGCCUGAAGACGAGAAAAGGCCCUCUCAUCCUAGCUCACACCGAUGCCUGGCCAGCUUGCCUUGACGAAGUCAUCCCACCCUUCCAAUGAUUAUAUCGGGAGCGCGAAGGUAUCUUACAAGUAUAGUAACAACGAACAACGAACAACGAACAUACCACUUUGCAACAGAAGAAUGCAAAUCAUCUACCUAUCUCUUUGCUUUGCCCUCGUUGUCUUUGUCGUUCCUCUGUGUGAUCAGUGUCUUACUUGCAGUGCUGUGUGUGCGUAUCGGGAAAGAGGCGCGGAGCUGUGUCGACUCGUUCCCUGCGCCUGCGCCUGCUGCAGCCUGGUGGGCGUGAGGCGUGAGGCGUGAGACGUGAGGGGGAUCGAGCGAGGCCAAUCAGUCCGUCCGUGGUG